AUAAUUUUUCCUCUCUCUUACAACUCUCUGGAGGCAGAAGAGGAGAGAGAGGAGGGUUCUUCGAAAACAGGGACAAACUACUAAUCCAGAUUAAAUAAACUACGAGCUCCACUAGUGUGUUUGUUGAAAGUCUCUGUAUGUGCAAUAACAAAAGACGGUAAAACAGAGGGAGCGACCUGUUAACGCCGGGAAAAGAUCAUUCGUUCGUUGUACCGAAGCCCCGUGGACAUGGAGCGCUUAUGCGGACCAAAGCUCCCGUUCUGGGUAGCCAAUCAGACGCUCCACACGGACAGUCCAGACCUGCCGGAAUGUUUCCAGCUGUCAGUGCUGUCAUGGCUGCCUUGUGUGUACCUGUGGCUUGCUUGCCCUCCCUACCUCUUCUACCUCCAGAGGAACAACAAGGGUUAUAUCAUGAUGUCCAUCCUUAACAGAGUGAAAACGGUCUUUGGGUUGGUGUUGUGGAUUGUGUGUUGGACAGAUCUUUUCGGCACCUUCCAUGAGCUGCAGCAGGGUGACUCAAAGCCACCCAUCUACUUCGUCACUCCACUGGUGGUCGGCAUGACGAUGCUGCUAGCUUUGUUUCUGAUACAGUUUGAGAGGUUGAGGGGGGUCCAGUCUUCAGGGAUUCUAUUUAUAUUCUGGUUCCUGUCAGUGCUGUGUGCCAUAGUGCCUUUCCGCUCCAAGAUCCUACAGGCCAAAUAUCAGAGUGAGAUUUCAGAUAAGUUGCGUUUCACCACAUUCUAUUUCUACUUCAGCCUGAUCGUAGCCGAGCUUAUCCUCUCUUGCUUCAAUGAGAAACCUCCACUUUUCUCCAACAUAGACACAGACCCCAAUCCUUGUCCUCAAUCAACUGCUGGUUUCCUCUCCACUAUGACCUUCUGGUGGUUCACUAGCAUGGCCAUCAAGGGCUAUAAGAACCCUCUGGAAGCCAAAGACCUGUGGUCACUGAACAAGAGGGACAGCUCAGAGGUGGUCGUCCCCAAGCUACUGCGGGAGUGGGAGGUGGAGCAGGCCAAGGCUCACAGUGCUGUGGACCAGUCCACCCAGGCUCAUUUCUCCAAACCUCCGCCAGCGGGAGAGUCCAACCAUGUAGAGGGGGAGAGCAGUCCUGAGGAGGUGGAGGUGUUGCUGUCCAAACAAAAAGACCCCAAAAAGCCCUCCUUCCUCCGUUCCCUCAUCAAGGCCUUUGGACCCUACUUCCUCAUCGGAUCUGCAUUUAAACUCCUACAGGACUUAAUCACCUUCGUCAACCCACAGCUCCUCAAGUUAUUGAUCUCAUUCACGAAGCAGAAGGGAGCUCCCACCUGGUGGGGAUACGCCCUGGCCUUCCUCAUGUUCUUCGCAGCCUUCCUCCAGACUCUCAUUCUGCACCAACACUUCCAGUACUGCUUCGUCACUGGGAUGAGGCUCCGCACCUCCAUCAUAGGAGCAAUCUACAGGAAGUCUCUGAUUAUCACUAACGCGGCCAAGCGUACAUCUACAGUGGGAGAGAUAGUCAACCUGAUGUCAGUGGACGCUCAGCGCUUCAUGGAUCUCACCACCUUUCUCAACAUGCUGUGGUCCGCCCCACUUCAGAUCAUACUGGCACUAUACUUCCUGUGGCAGAACCUGGGUCCAUCGGUGCUGGCUGGUGUUGCUGUGAUGAUCCUCCUGAUUCCCUUAAAUGCUGCCAUAGCCGUGAGGACACGAGCCUACCAGGUGGAGCAGAUGCAGUACAAGGAUGCUCGCAUCAAACUGAUGAACGAGAUUCUGAACGGGAUCAAAGUGUUGAAGCUGUACGCCUGGGAGAGCUCUUUUAAAGAGAAGGUUCUGGAGAUCAGACAGAAAGAGCUCAAUGUGCUCCGCAAGACGGCCUACCUCGGUGCUCUGUCUACCAUGGCAUGGACCAGUGCACCAUUCCUAGUUGCCUUGACAACGUUUGCAGUGUAUGUGACUGUGGAUAAAAAUAACAUUUUAGACGCGGAGAAAGCCUUUGUAUCUUUGUCUCUGUUCAACAUCUUACGGUUCCCUCUCAAUAUGUUGCCCCAAGUCAUCAGCAGUAUCGUACAGGCCAGUGUGUCCCUGAAGCGUAUCCAGGACUUCCUGAGUCACGAUGAGCUGGACCCAGAGUCUGUGGACCGGACUAACACUGCCACAGAUAGCUCGGUGACUGUUGUCAACGGGAAGUUCACCUGGGCAAAACAAGAUCCUCCUGCUCUACACAAUAUAAACCUGAUGGUGCCCCAGGGCUCACUGCUAGCGGUGGUAGGACAUGUCGGCUGUGGAAAGUCUUCUCUGGUGUCAGCUCUAUUGGGAGAGAUGGAGAAAAUGGAGGGACACAUCUCUAUACAGGGUUCGGUGGCCUACGUCCCGCAGCAAGCCUGGAUCCAGAAUGCCACUCUGAGAGACAACAUCCUAUUUGGCAAGGCCUACAACGAGCACAAGUACCGCUGUUGUCUGGAUGCCUGCGCUCUGACCCAGGACCUGGAAGUACUACCUGGAGGAGACCUGACCGAGAUCGGAGAGAAGGGAAUCAACCUCUCAGGUGGUCAGAGACAGAGGGUGAGUCUGGCCAGAGCUCUGUACAAUGAGGCAGACGUCUACCUGCUGGACGACCCUCUCUCUGCCGUGGACGCCCACGUGGCCAAACACAUCUUCGACCAGGUCAUUGGCCCAGAGGGGGCGCUGCAGGGCAAGACGCGUAUCCUGGUGACGCACGGCAUCAGCUUCCUGCCGCAGGUGGAUAACAUAGUGGUGAUGGUGGAGGGCAGGGUGUCGGAGAUGGGCUCGUACCAAGAGCUGCUCAAACAGAAUGGGGCAUUCGCUGAGUUCCUCAGGAACUAUUCCCUGGAGGACAUCAUUGAGGAGGACGAGGCAACAGAGGCUUUGAUUGACGAAGAAGAAAACUUCCCUGACGACGCCCUUAGCAACCAUACAGACAUGGUGGACAACGAACCAGUGGUCAAUGAGGCAAAGAGACAGUUCAUAAGGCAGAUCAGCAUCAUCUCAGGGGACCUGGAGAACCCAAAGAGCAGGUCUGUCCGGAAGCGUCUGUGCAGCGAGAGGAAGCAUGACGAAUCUCUCUCAGAGAAGAAACUACCCAAGGUGGAGAAACUCAUCCAAGCAGAGACCGCUGAGACAGGCAGGGUGAAGAGCAAGGUGUUCUGGGAGUAUGCCAAGGCAGUAGGGCCUCUGCUGUCCCUCUUCAUCUGUUUCCUGUACGGCUGCCAGAGUGCUGCCUCCAUCGGAGCCAACGUCUGGCUGAGCCAGUGGACCAAUGACGCAGCUCAGAACGUGACCCAGGAGAAUGUCAGCAUGAGGGUGGGGGUGUAUGCUGCUUUGGGCAUGGCACAAGGGCUCCUGGUCAUGGUCUCCUCCUUCACCCUGGCCAUGGGGAACAUCGGAGCAGCCAGGAAGCUCCACUAUGCCCUCCUGGACAACAAGUUUCACACCCCCCAGUCUUUCUUUGACACCACCCCCAUAGGCAGGGUCAUCAACCGCUUCUCUAAGGACAUCUACGUCAUCGACGAGGCACUGCCCUCCACCGUUCUCAUGUUCCUCGGGACCUUCUUCUCCUCUCUCUCCACCAUGAUAGUCAUAGUGGCCAGCACCCCCAUCUUCGCCGUGGUCAUAGCCCCGCUGGCUUUCAUAUACAUCUUUGUCCAGCGGCCCUAUAGCACUUCCUGCCCUGCCUGCAGCCUGUUUACCCACACGCGGCGCAGACACACACAGCAGGGUGUGCUGUUGCUGGCCAACUGUCUGCUGUCCAAGGCCUACAGCAUGCUGCGGGCAGCCGAACUCAUGCACCUCCACAUGCUCCAGAGGUUGCUGAGGGCACCCCAGGGCUUCUUCGAGAGCACCCCCACGGGGCGCGUACUCAACCGCUUCAGCAAAGACGUGGACAUUAUAGACUCGCACAUCCCAGACAAUAUUGAUAUAUGGAUGCGCACUUUCUGGUACACAGUGAAUGUGCUGAUCGUAUGCUCUGCCCUCACCCCUCUGUUCCUACUAGUCGUAGUGCCGUUAAUGGUGUUCUAUUGGUGGGUCCAGAGGUUUUAUGUGGCCACAUCUCGGCAGUUAAAGCGUCUGGAGUCGGUCAGCAGGUCUCCUAUAUACUCCCAUUUCUCUGAGACCGUCACUGGCUCUAGUGUCAUCAGAGCCUACUGCAGACACGAUGCCUUUGUACUAAUGAGUGACAUGAAGGUGGAUGAGAACCAGAAGAGUUACUACCCUGGUAUAGUGUCCAACAGGUGGUUAGGGGUGCGUAUAGAGUUCAUUGGGAACUGCAUCGUACUGUUUGCUGCUCUGUUUGCUGUGAUCGGGAAAGACAAGCUCAACCCUGGACUGGUGGGACUCUCUGUGUCCUACGCUCUACUGGUGACCAUGUCACUGAACUGGAUGGUGAGGAUGACGUCAGAUCUGGAGAGCAACAUCGUAGCCGUGGAGAGAGUCAAGGAGUACUCUGAGACCAAGACUGAGGCCCCAUGGGAGGUGGAGGACAAGAAGCCUUCGCCUGAUUGGCCGUCCCAGGGGAACGUAGAGUUCAGUGACUACAGUGUGAGGUACAGAGAGGGACUGGAGCUGGUCCUUAAGAACCUCACCCUCAGUGUCAAGGGAGGAGAGAAGAUAGGUAUCGUGGGUCGUACUGGGGCUGGUAAGUCCUCUAUGACACUGUGCCUGUUUCGGCUUCUGGAGGCGGCAGGGGGAGAGAUCACCAUCGACGGGGUCAAGAUAUCAGAGAUAGGACUGCAUGACCUGAGAUCUAAACUCACCAUUAUACCACAGGAGCCAGUGCUGUUCUCUGGCAGUCUGAGGAUGAACCUGGACCCCUUUGAGAGGUACAGUGACGGGGAGGUAUGGAAGGCUCUGGAACUGUCCCACCUCAACAAGUUUGUCAGCAACCAGCCGGCUAAACUGGAGCUGGAGUGUUCAGAGGGAGGAGAGAACCUCAGUGUGGGCCAGAGGCAGCUGGUAUGUUUAGCCAGGGCUCUUCUGAGGAAGACGAGGAUUCUGAUUCUGGAUGAAGCUACAGCUGCCAUCGACCUAGAGACCGACGAUCUCAUCCAGUCAACCAUCAGGACACAGUUUGAGGACUGCACCGUCUUCACCAUCGCGCACAGACUCAACACCAUCAUGGACUAUACUAGAGUGCUGGUCUUAGACAAGGGACAGAUUGCUGAAUUUGACACUCCUACAAACCUCUUAUUCCGGAGAGGAGUCUUCUAUGGUAUGGCUAAAGAUGCAGGACUGGCACAAUAGCACUGCCUCUCCUCUACACACACACAGUCCUGUACCUAGAUAAAACCUAUAGUGCCUUGUGUCAGACCACAGAGCGCCAGUGAAUGUAUCCUUUUAUACUCUGCAGUCCGCUGCAAAACCAGGAUAAAAACGUUAGUUUUUUUUAUGUUACUUUUUCUAAAAAAGAAAAGACAGAAAAACUGUGUCACUGUAAUUUCCACGAGUGAGUUUCAGGAUGAAUCCAGCUAUUUUUGUACUGUAUCAUUUUUAUUAUUUAAGCUAUACUUUUUAUUAUUACGAGUUGUCUGAUUGGGAAGUUUGCUCUGUUCAAUGUGUGAUUCCUUUGUGAACCAAAUCUGUAAAAACUUGAAUUCUGUACUACCAAAAUAUGAGAGAUGGUAAUGCCUUUAUUAAAAAAAAGAAUGACAUUAA